AUGGAGGAUGUGAAUCAAUCAGUGACCUCUGACUUUCAUCUGGUGGGCCUCUUCAGUUACUCAGGUUCAUGUCAUCUACUCUUCUCCCUGGUGGCUGCCAUGUUUAUCACGGGCCUUCUGGGAAACACUGUUCUGCUCUUCUUGAUCUGCACAGACUCCCGGCUCCAUACACCCAUGUACUUUCUGCUCAGUCAACUUUCCCUGUUUGAUGUUGGUUUCCCCCUGGUCACCAUCCCAAAGAUGUCAGCAAACUUCCUACAGGUGGAAGGUUCUAUCUCCUUUGGGGGUUGUGCAGCUCAAAUAUUCUGCCUUACACUUAUGGGUGUGGCUGAGGGCAUCCUAUUGGCCUUCAUGUCUUAUGACCGUUAUGUUGCUGUGUGCCACCCUCUGCGGUAUCCUGUGCUUAUGAGGCGACAAGUGUGCCUGCUGAUGGUGGGCUGCUCUUGGAUGGCAGGUGUGCUCAAUGCCUCCAUCCAGACCUCCAUCACCCUGCACUUCCCCUACUGUGCCUCUCAUAUGGUGGAUCACUUCUGUGAGGUGCCAGCCCUGCUAAAGCUCUCCUGUGCAGACACCUCUGCCUAUGAGUUGGCACUGUCCAUCUCGGGGGUGCUGAUCCUUAUGCUUCCCCUUUCCCUCAUUGCAACCUCUUACGGCCACGUGUUGAAAGCCGUUCUACGUAUGCGCUCAGAGAAUGCCCGACACAAGGCUUUCACCACCUGCUCCUCACAUAUCACAGUCGUGGGGCUCUUUUAUGGUGCAGCUGUGUUCAUGUACAUGGUACCGGGUGCCUACCACAGCCCACAGCAGGACAAUGUGGUCUCCCUCUUCUACAGCCUUGUAACCCCCAUGCUUAACCCUCUCAUCUACAGUCUGAGGAACAGGGAGGUGCAAAUAGCUUUGGUAAAAGUGAUCAGCAGAGCUGGGCUCAGGCCAAAGUGGUGA